CCCCCCUCUGACAACACCCGACCCCACAUCCGAACGACUAGACAUCUGCGAAGCGACUUUGAAAAGGAAUCCGGGGCAGGGGACGUGACUCGGGUGUGUGUUCGAGUGUGGUGUAAAGGGGCAGGAAGCUCUCUGUCAUGGCUUUCCCGCCGUAUGGCAACGGCUUCCAGCCGCGCACGCGCACGCGCACGUCGGGAUACUUCCCGCGCGGCCCGCGGCGACGAAACGACGACAUGAUGGCCAAGUACCAUUACUGCAAAGCUGUGGCCACCCGGGCCGUCCAGGAGCUGGCCGCCUACCUGCGAUCGAAGAACUUGGGUUUCGUCGUCAACCUCGUGUCUCGUGUGGCCUGGCACGUCCAGAUGAACCUGAGCGCACGUCGUCUCCUCAGCUUCCCCCAUCUGCUGUUCGCCCUCUGGGUGCUGCUUCUGCUCUGGGGGGAGGAUUGGGUCUUUUCCAAUAGUGUCGAGAGGUGCAACUGGGACAAGUGGGAGCGUUGGCCCUCAGGGUCCAGUCCUCAUCGCCUCAUCCUCAUCGCCGACCCCCAACUCAUAGAUCCCCACACGUAUCCCGACAGGCCGUGGCCUCUGGACGACCUGACCCUCCUGAUCACCGACAAUUAUCUACGACGAGCAUACACGCGUCUACAGUCCCGUCUGCGGCCCGAUUCCGUCUUCUUCCUGGGCGACCUCUUCGACGGCGGCCGAGAGUGGAAGACGGCGACUGGCGAUUUCGCCGACUCCAAGUGGUCGCGUGAACAUCGCCCGCGUCUGGAGAAGCAGUAUGUCAAGAUGUGGCAGAAACGCUACGGCGAGGGCUUUUGGCUCGACGAGUACGCCCGCUUCGGCGACAUCUUCUUCGACAACUGGAAGCUGGGAGGGGACAAGCCCGGGCCGUGGCAGAGGGGCCGAAAGCUCGUGGCCAGCCUGCCGGGGAACCACGACCUCGGGUUCGGCAACGAGAUCAAGCUGCCCGUCCGCGAUCGCUUCUACGCCUACUUUGGCGAAGGGAACCGCGUGGACGUGGUGGGCAACCACACCGUCGUGUCCGUCGACACGGUGUCGCUGAGCGCCGGCUCGUCCGACACGCUCCACCCGGCCGAUUUCAAGCCCAUCUUCGACCCCAUCGACGGGUUCCUGCGGGACGUGUCGCACGUGAAGCAGAGGGCCGUGGAGAGGGAGCUGCGCUUCUGGCGAGGCGAAACGGAGGAGCUGGCCUUCCCGCAUGCCGUCGAGGACGCCGAGACGGCCGACGUCAAUCACCUGCCGAGUCUAAAAGGUGCCGCCGACGCGAAUGCGGAACUGCCCACCAUCCUCCUCACCCACGUCCCCCUCUACCGCGAGCCGGGGACGCCGUGCGGGCCUCUCCGCGAGCGCUGGCCGCCCGCGCCCCAGCCGCCGGGCCAGACGGACACCGUCGAGCCGGACCAUCGCAACGCCAUCCCCAUCGCCAAGGGCUACCAGUACCAGAACGUCCUGAGCGAGGAGGACUCAGUCCGCCUGGUCAAGACGGUGGGGAACGUCGUCCAGGUCUUCUCGGGCGACGACCACGACUACUGCGAGGUGACGCAUUCCGAGCGGAAGAAGAACGCCCCCGAGAUCACGGUCAAGACCCUGAACAUGGCCAUGGGCGUCGCCCACCCGGGCUUCGUCAUGGUGAGCCUGUACAAUCCCGUCGACGGCCACGGCAGUCCCCUCCCCGGCGCCCCCGCCCGGACCCUGCAGACGCACCUCUGCGUGCUGCCCGACCAGAUCUCCACCUUUAUGAACUACGCCAUCUUCGUGGGCCUUACCAUCGCCGCCAUUGCCGUGCGCGCCAUCCUGGUCCCCGUGCUGAACUUGACGCCCUUUAGCCUGGCGGCGGCCGGACAGAUCAACAACAACAUCACCACCACCACCACUACCACCACCAACAACAACAACAACCCGAUGAAGGCCCCCCCCUCUUCGUCUCUGCUGCCGCUGUACGACAAGGCCAAGCAGGAAGACGACGGGACGUACGACAUGCAGCCCACGUCGGCCUCGUCCGGGUCGUCCAAGUACCUAGCCUCCCGCUUCAGCGACGUCUCGCGGACCCGGAGCUCAUCGCUCACCUCCAACAACGGGGUGCCGCCCCCGGGGCGCGCUUCGUUGCCGGGCGGCGGCAGGUCCAAGCACCAUCACCCCCACCAGGGCAAGAAGCUGGGCCCGAGGAUCGACAUCUACAAGGACGAACUGUACCGCUACGGAGAUCACAAGCCGCGGUUCCCCUGGCGGGGGGUGUCGACGCGGUCGACGAAAACGUCUAUACGACUCGUCUUGACCGAGGUUGUGGCGUGUACUUGGAGAGUAGCGUGGCUCUCUGUAUUAUUAUGGGCUUAUCUCACGUAUAAGGGGUGAUGGGGUUUUUCUUUUUCUUUUUCCUCUCAAAUGCGACACAUACCUUUACAUGUAGUAGUAUACGAUGUGUGCCUCGGGUCGGACAGACCCCUUUUCUUCGGGGACUUUCACAAGACUCAUAAUC